AUGCUUUCUCUCAUCCUGAUCUGCAUCCUCUCUUUAUUAUUUGUGUUCCUCCUGUUCAAAUUGGAUAGGAAAACACAUCUCCCGCCAGGCCCGAAGCCACUUCCCUUGAUUGGAAACAUUCAUCAACUCCCCAGGUCAUCUUUCCUAGCCCUAUUGCAAAAAUGGCACAGAACCUACGGCCCCAUCGUCAGUAUCCAAAUUGGUACUCAAGUGGUGGUGUUCUUAGGCUCUCACCAUGUCGCCCACGAGAUCAUUGGAAAACAGGGUGCAUGGUUUAGUUCGCGUCCAAAGCUGCCAUUUAUGGACCGGAUGAUGCGAGGCCCCCUUCCAAUCAGCCUGCCAUAUGGGGAGGAAUGGAAAAACUACCGACGAUUCCAACAUUCGAUCCUCAAUAUCCAGACGAUCAAGUCAUAUAGAGCGGCUCAGGAUCUCGAGUCCAAGCAGGUUCUUUGGGAGAUGUUAGCAUCCGAUGAUUUCGAGAAAGCAUUGGCUCGAUAUGCGUACAGUUUGGGAUCUACCUUGAAUUACGGGCAAAGAAUCGCGGAUCAAGAUGCGACGGAGAUUAAAGACGCACAUGAAUUAUUUCACGAAUUGAUCGCUGAAUUGUUUUCGACUAAUCUACUAUUUGACUCCAUUCCAUCCAUCGGGCCCUAUUUGAAUUGGAUGGCCGGACGAAAAAAUGCCGGAGGCAAGGUUGCUAGUGGAGUGCAUAACCUUAUUACUGAAUACAUAAACAACGCUAUCGCAAACGGAGCACAGCAAAAUUGGGCCCAGAAGAUGCUCCACGAAGCCUCGUUACACUCGAGGGACCACGCCAGGGUAUGUGUGGAGUCGUUUGAAAUGUACAUAGGAGCCAGUUUGACGACCCAGACUUCACUGUGGAUAUUUGUGCUGGCCGCGCUUCUCCAUCCAGACGCAGUUUUGGUGGUACAGGAGGAGUUGGACUCGGUCAUUGGACAAGGCAGAUGUCCAUCGUUUGAGGACAUGCCCAACCUGCCCCACCUCAACUCUUUUGUUAAGGAGGUUCUUCGGUGGCGACCAAUCCUUCCCACCGGAAUCCCCUACUACUCUACAAAAGACAGCGAAUACGAAGGCUAUCGCAUUCCCAAGGGAAGCAUUGUGGUAGCCAGUCAAUCAGCAAUUAACAUGGACGAAGCAAUGUUCGAUGAACCUGAACUUUUCAAAGGAGACCGAUACAUGAAAAACCCGGAUUUACCCGAGCCCGCUUCCUUUGGAUAUGGACGAAGAGCGUGUCCUGGACAGCAUCUGGCUCGCGAGUCUUUAUUUCUUGUUAUUUCACGAUUACUCUGGGCAUACAACAUUGUGCCUCAUCCAGAAGACGGAACACUGAAUAUUGAUACGGUGCGAUCAAAAACAGGUUUCAUUUUCUUCUGGCCAUACCCAUUCCGGGCGAGGUUCCAAGUCCGCUCUCCAGAUCAUCAGGCCAUUAUUGAGCGUGACUUCCUGUGCAAAUCCUAG